AUGAUCAUCUCAUCUGGUAUUCAGGGGCCUAAUUCACAAAGUAUGAUCAUCUCAUCUGGUAUUCAGGGGCCUAAUUCACAAAGUAUGAUCAUCUCAUCUGGUAUUCAGGGGCCUAAUUCACAAAGUAAGAUCAUCCCAUCUGGUAUUCAGGGGCCUAAUUCACAAAGUAUGAUCAUCCCAUCUGGUAUUCAGGGGCCUAAUUCACAAAGUAUGAUAAUCUCAUCUGGUAUUCAGGGGCCUAAUUCACAAAGUAUGAUCAUCCCAUCUGGUAUUCAGGGGCCUAAUUCACAAAGUAUGAUCAUCCCAUCUGGUAUUCAGGGGCCUAAUUCACAAAGUAUGAUCAUCCCAUCUUGUAUUCAGGGGCCUAAUUCACAAAGUAUGAUCAUCCCAUCUGGUAUUCAGGGGCCUAAUUCACAAAGUAUGAUCAUCUCAUCUGGUAUUCAGGGGCCUAAUUCACAAAGUAUGAUCAUCUCAUCUGGUAUUCAGGGGCCUAAUUCACAAAGUAUGAUCAUCCCAUCUGGUAUUCAGGGGCCUAAUUCACAAAGUAUGAUCAUCCCAUCUGGUAUUCAGGGGCCUAAUUCACAAAGUAUGAUCAUCUCAUCUGGUAUUCAGGGGCCUAAUUCACAAAGUUCUCUCAGGCUGUGCUAG